AUGUCAGCAGCUGCAGGAGAGAAGGAGAGCUGCCGCUCCGCUGCCCUUGAAAAUGCAGCCCGAAGCAGAAGUGAUUCGGAACCAUGGUUUGCCCACGACUCCUCGUCAACGGCCUGUGGACCUCGCGGCCAACAGGCGGUAAGUUACAAAGCCGCAGGGAUUAUAGAUGAAUACAAGCCUAAUGUCGGAUAUGCAAGACAGUUGGCUAACACUAAUGAAAACCCGAAAUCGGAAAUACAGAAAUCUCACACUUGCAAAUGCGACUGGUUUGUUCAUGACACGGAAGUGAAUUUGAGACCAAAAACAGCAAGCCCAACAGGAACACAGACUAGCGUUUCAACUUGCGACUGGUUUGCACACUGUGAAGUUGGCCCACCAACUAUAGAUGAAAAAAAUCACAAUUUUUGUCGUCGUUUCAGAGCAGAGGGGAUCGAAUAUGCUUUAAGAAAUCAGGGUCACGAGAACCUUCUCAAAACAACACCAUUGCAAUACUCGACUGAACCACCUAACCAUUCUCCGACACAGGAGGCAAGACGUUUCUAUCGCAAGAGAAGCUUGGUAGAAUUCCCAAGCAAGAAAAAAAGACCGAUCCCACCAAGUCAAAUGGCUCGAAUAAUCGCACAAAGUGACAACGACGCAACACCACAUCAAAAGCAUCAAGCGUAUCACGGCCAAGACAAACCCAAGGCGCUGCACCACAAUAAUCCCGUCGACCAAAUGGACGAGCUCAUUGGCAAGCAUGCAGACUCCACCACACUAAACUACCCAUCCAAAAAUAGGGUCAAAACGGUUAACUCUGAGGAUGCUCGAACAAACCAAGAAAAAUCUCGUGGCUCUGCUGUUCACACGCUGAUGACGCAUAGCAACCUCUCGCCGUUACCACCGCGACGACCGACGCACACCCCACUUGACCGCGUGGGCCUCGCCAUCGGUGGUCGCGGGUUUGCCGCCGCCAACGAGGCGAGUGCGGGGGUCUGGGCUCCGCGGCGAAGGUUGGCGUCAGCCGAGGCUCGACUCUACGCUCAGAAGCAAAGUGGAACCGUUCAAAAUCUUAUUUAUUUAAGAUAA